AUGGCAGCAGGCCUAAUUGGACGGAUGAUCUGGUUCGCUGCGGCUGUCGCGGCCCGCUUCACGCUGUCUCAUGCCUCACAGUUCCCCGCUGUUGUACCCGCCGUGCAUAGCUUCGCCGCUUCGUCGACUGACUCUUUUGUGUUACCGCACGAUCUACGGAUUGUCGUUGAUGGAGAGGUGGCAGGGCAGUCUGACCAUGAUGAGAUGACGUUGAUCCCACCUUCGCUCCUGUCUUUUGCGCAGACGUUCGCGAAGGAUGUGCAAGACGUGUUUCCUGGAGUGAAAGCGACCGUAUCGGAAGGCGAUGCUCGCAGUGGAGGCCACAUAUUUAUGUCCAUCUUGUCGAAAGAACAGGCAGCGAUGUUUAGGCUGGCAAAAGGAAGCCCAACGUCAGAAGGGUACCGUAUGGAGAUUUCAGGCUCAGGCGUCACUCUAGAGGGGUCUGGCGCAAGAGGUUCGUUCUGGGGCACACGCACGUUGUUGCAAGGGCUCGUCUUGAACGGGAUGAAGCUGCCUGCAGGGAUAGUAGUGGAUCAACCGGACUGGGAAACACGAGGUCUCAUGCUCGAUGUUGGGCGGCAAUGGUACCCAAUAUCUUUUCUGACGGACCUGUGUGCAUAUGCCUCCUGGUUCAAAACCAGUGAGUUCCACGUGCACCUCUCUGACAACCUCGGCGUUGGGGAUACAACCUAUGCUCGUUUCCGCUUGCGUCCUGAAAGCGCCGUCUUGGCCGGUCUGACCCCUCACCUUAACGAAACUUACUCCCGGCAGGAAUUCACCAGUUUUCAAUCUCAAUGUGCGGCACGGGGCGUCACAGUCAUCCCCGAAAUUGAAGCACCUGGCCAUGCAUUGGUCAUCACUCAAUGGAAACCCGAACUUGCGAUCCCCUCAGAGCCAAGCCUUAUCAACUUGACUGUCCCGGACGCGAUCCCCACUAUCAAGUCUAUCUGGCAAGAAUUCCUUCCUUGGUUCCAAACAAGACAAGUUUCAAUCGGAGCAGACGAAUAUGACUCGCGUCUGGCAAAUGAUUACAACCAUUACGUCAAUGACAUGAGCGAUUUCAUCAGCCAGCAAUCCAAUAAGUCUAUCCGGAUUUGGGGAACGAACGAGCCAUCAAACACCACGUCUGUCAGCAAGAGUAUCACGAUCCAACACUGGGAGUUUUUCGAGGACGAUCCUUACGCUUUGAUCAGACAGAAUUAUACCGUGAUUAACAGAGUAUUCAGCGAUGAUGCUUUUAACUAUAUUGUCAUGAAAUACUCCGGAUCUUAUCCCCAACGCUUGAACCAGACGCGGCUUUGGAAUGGCGCGAAUGUGAAUACAGGAGGAAUCUGGGAUCCCCAUAUCUUCGAUCGAGGCAAUGCGUCAAACAACCCGACUGUAGAAGCCGGUCGACUUCAGGGCUCAAUCAUGGCUAUAUGGAAUGAUCACGGUCCCACUGCAUCUACUGUUUUAGAAGCAUUCUACGCCCUGAAGGGAGGGCUUCCUGUGACUGUUUCAGCGGGCUGGCAGACAGCCUCUCGCUCGGGCCACUUGACCCAAGCACAAUUUGAUUCUUCUUAUCCUGCGCUCGAGGCGGCUGCACCUGGCCAAAAUUUAGAUCGCCGAAUUGCUAGUAAGGGCGGCAUCGUCUUGGAAUAUCAUUUGACGCACGACUCAGGAGGCGUCAUCCUGGACCACAGCGGGAAUUCAUACAACGGGAAACUGUCCGGUAGUGUUGUCUCUACGCCGCUUGGCUCCAAAGGCCAUGAUUAUACCUUGCUCGUCAAUAUCAGCUCUUCGUAUACUCCAAACAUCCUUCUCACAGGCCCGGACGAUUCUUUCGGAUUCACAUCAUCUGGAAAUGGGACGACAUUGUCGUUCACUUCCUCUAAUAUCACGUUUCCACUGUUCAAUUAUACGCUGCCAACGGUCGCAGCAUCUCCAUGGAGAGAGAUUAUUAUAGUUGGCACGGAGAUCACCACCUCUGUUUUUGUUGAUGGCAGUUUUGUAGGGGAUUUCCUCACCUACCUGGACGGCACUGAAGUCACUGGCCCGAUGUCAUUCGUAGCCCCGCUGCGGCAGAUUUUGGCCGAUGGGAGAUUUGUAGCUGACUUCGUUGUAUGGAAUGGAAUUCAGGACAUUGGUCGAGUAUCGAAUUUACAUCAGAAGAUUGUGUAG